GGAGCCUUGGAAUGUUCUGGAAUGGCCGUGGUAAUGUUCAGUCUUUUCUGUCUGCACAGGUCUGUCCAGGAGCCGCACUGCUGAGCCAUGCCGGGCCCCCACAGGCCUGCUGCAAGACCAGCCCAGGGAGACAGGAGGCCAUGAGUAGCCGCAGCCACAAUGGCAGUGUGGGGCCGCCUCUGGGCUGGGAGUCCGUGGACCCCGAGGCAGGCCGUCCCCUGCAGCUCGCCCAAGGCCCAGGCCUGCAGAUGGUGGCCGAGGGUCAGCCUGCCCGGCUGUCCCCUGCUGGCUCCAGGGGCCACCCCCAGGAGCAGGAGGAAGAAGAGGAAGAAGAAGAGGAGGCCGGGCUGGGCUCAGGGAAGUCCUCGAUGGUCAGCCACCGCCUGGGCCACCGGAGGGCCCUCUUCGAGAAACGCAAACGACUCAGUGACUAUGCACUCAUCUUCGGCAUGUUUGGGAUCGUUGUCAUGGUGACAGAAACAGAGCUGUCCUGGGGUGUGUACACUAAGGAGUCACUGUACUCGUUUGCCCUGAAAUGCCUCAUCAGCCUGUCCACUGUCAUCUUGCUUGGUCUUGUCAUCCUCUACCACGCCCGAGAGAUCCAGCUGUUCCUGGUGGACAAUGGUGCUGACGACUGGCGCAUCGCCAUGACGUGGGAGCGCAUGUCCCUGAUCUCGCUGGAGCUGGCCGUGUGCGCCAUCCACCCGGUGCCCGGCCACUACCGCUUCACAUGGACAGCGCGGCUGGCCUUCUCGCUGGCACCGUCGGCAGCCGAGGCGGACCUGGACGUGCUCCUCUCCAUCCCCAUGUUCCUGCGCCUCUACCUGCUGGCUCGGGUGAUGCUUCUACACAGCCGCAUCUUCACCGACGCCUCCAGCCGUAGCAUCGGGGCCCUCAACCGCGUCACCUUCAACACACGCUUUGUCACCAAGACGCUCAUGACCAUCUGCCCCGGCACCGUGCUGCUGGUCUUCAGCAUCUCCUCCUGGAUCGUCGCUGCCUGGACAGUGCGCGUGUGCGAGAGGUACCAUGACAAGCAGGAAGUGACCAGCAACUUCCUGGGAGCGAUGUGGCUCAUCUCCAUCACCUUCUUGUCCAUUGGCUAUGGGGACAUGGUGCCACACACCUACUGUGGGAAGGGCGUGUGUCUGCUCACAGGCAUCAUGGGAGCAGGCUGCACUGCACUCGUGGUGGCCGUCGUGGCCAGGAAGUUGGAGCUCACCAAGGCUGAGAAACACGUUCACAACUUCAUGAUGGACACGCAGCUCACCAAACGGGUCAAAAACGCUGCUGCAAACGUUCUCAGGGAGACCUGGCUCAUCUACAAACACACCAGGCUAGUGAAGAAGCCAGACCAGGGCCGGGUUCGGAAACACCAGCGUAAGUUCCUUCAGGCCAUCCAUCAGUAAGUCCAGCGCCCUCGCUGCCCCUUUCCCCGCGCACCUGCUCCCAGGGAGCCACGCGGCUGGGCCCCAGUACCAACCCCAAGGCGUGUUCAAGAAUGCCCGAAAAACUCCCACAAGAGGAAAAUGUGAGGUUGGGGACUGAGGUGUGGUCUCUAGGGAGGUGAUACCCCUGUGUGUGCCCCCUGUACCCCGGGGCACGGUGGUCUGACGGCCCUUUACCCCCAUUGCCCCUCCCUAGACAACAUUUGGGUAAGUGCCUAGAGGAAGCAGGAGGCACGAACAGGAUUCCCAGGGGUAGCCAUACCAAGGAGGGUACAAAGCCCAGCUGAGGCAGGGGGAUGGGAUGGGGGCGUCACAAGUAAGGGGGGGCUGAAGAGAAUCCCCACAGUGGAACUAGGGCUUGAGCCCCUGGGAAACCAAAUAAAUAAAACAAAAAAAGGAACAGCCCUGGGAAAAAUAUGCAGAGGUACGUGUGAUUGAUUGGGGGUCUGAAUCUCUUCAGCCAUGGUGUUCCUCA